AUGGCGGAUGCAGGCGAUGCAGCGGCUAACCAGCCGAAGAGGCGUACGUUCCGUACGUUCUCGUACCGCGGGAUCGAAUUGGAUAAGCUCUUGGACAUGAAGAUGGAGGAUCUUCUGGAGCUUUUCCGUGCCCGUCAGCGACGCAAGUUCCAGCGGGGGAUCAAACGCAAGGCCACCACUCUGAUGAAGAAACUCAGGAUCUCCAAGAAGAACUGCGCCUACGGCGAGAAACCCGAACCCGUUAACACGCACCUUCGGGACCUGGUUGUUGUUCCUGAAAUGAUUGGCUCUGUAGUCGGCGUGUACAACGGCAAGCAGUUCAUCAACGUUGAAAUCAAGCCUGAAAUGGUCGGCUACUACCUCGGCGAGUUCUCCAUUUCGUACAAGCCCGUGCGACACGGAAAGCCUGGAAUUGGAGCGACACAUUCGUCUCGUUUCAUUCCGCUGAAGUAA